AUGAACUAUGAUGGUCUUGCUAAAGAUCGUGUUGAGCCAAUAGAUAAUGCGAAUGAUUUGAAGAAACGUGGGGGUCUUGAUGUGGAUAUACAAGAGCUUAAUCACAGCGACCCAUAUAUAAGGGGACUUGAUGCAUGGGUUCUUAGGAAAGCCAGUCAGAUGAAUGUGCCACCUAAAGGAAUUUUGAUUUAUGAUUAUGGACUCCUGGGAUCCGGAAAAACAUUAAUAUUAAGGGUUGUUGCUACUAAAAAUGGAGCUUUCUUUUUCUGUAUUAAUGGGCGGGAGAUAAUGUUCAAAUUGGCUGGAGAGAGUGAGAGCAAUCUUCAAAAGGCACUUGAAGAAGUUGAAAAGAAUGCUACAUCUAUUAUUUUCAUCGAUGAGAUUCAUUUUAUUGCUCCUAAGAGGGAGAAGACACAUGGCGAGGUUGAAAGGCAAAUUGUUUCACAAUUGUUGACUCUUAUGGAUGGAUGGAAAUAUCGGGCUCAUGUUAUUAUUAUAAGGGCUACAUAUUGUCCAAAUAGCGUUGACCCAGCUUUGAGAAGGUUUGGUCGGUUCGAUAGGGAAAUAGACAUGGGUGUUUCUGAUGAAGUUGGGAGUCUUGAAGUUCUUCGCAUCCAUACCAAGAACACGAAGCUCUUUGAUGAUGUUGGCUUGGAAAAAAUCUCAAAAGUUACCCAUGGGUAUGUCGGUGCUGAUCUUGCAGCUCUUUGUACAAAAGUUGCACUGCAGUGCAUUAGAAAGAUGGAUGUGAUUGACUUGGAAGAUGAAUCCACUGAAACUGAGAAAUUGAACGAUGAUACUCUUGAAGAUUCUAGGGUUUUAUGCGUUUUCUGGUGGGUGAUAUGCUAUUCGUUGGCGUCUUUAAUAGCUGUGCCGUCGUGGGUUUCUGUGAGUUGGCGAAUUCGGGUUUUGCAUGGUUUGCUCUGUUUCAAGCGAACUGUGAAAGUAGGACAUUUCGCCCUUUGUUUGUUGGGUAGCUCAAACCUUGGAGAAGAUUUUGGGAUUUCUACUCAAACCCCAUCAUCCUAA